CCCGGCUGAGCAGCUCAGUGUGUGCGGCGGCCAUGGCUGGGGGCGCGUGGGACUGGGCCCAGGGGGCUCCCGUGGGAGCCCUAACCCUGACGGCUCUGGCUGAGGGGAUCCGGGCCAGCCAGGGGCAGCCCCCGGGACCCCCUUCCACCGGCCCUCAGCCCGAACCUGAGCUUGAACGCGGGGUAGAGCCUGGGCGGGCAGCCGCCAUUUCCCCAGCUGGCAGUGAGCCCUUCUCCCAGUCUCCUACCCAGGAGCCAGUCCCUGAGGGACCCGGUCUUCAUCUGACUCCCCAGAGUUCCUUGGAAGAGGGGGCCCUCGCAGACCUGGCGUCGUACACGGGCUGCCUGUCUGGACGAGGCUGGCUUUGGGGAACGCAGGCGACAGCACUCACCCUGUCCUCAGCCCUGGAGGCCUGGGGGGAGUGGCUGGAGGACCAGGUGCACGGCCUUGUGCGAGGGCCGCUGGCACAGGUGCCCAGCCUGGCAGAGUGGAGGCCCCAGCGGGCGGCCCUGCAGGUGCUGAGCACACUGGCCCUGGAGCACUGUCGGGCCGUGGUGUGUGCACUGCUGCCGCGCUCACUGUCCCCGGACCGGGCGGCAGCCGAGCUUUGGCGUGGCCUGAGCCAGAACCAGCGCGUGAAUGGGCAGGUGCUGGUGCAGCUGCUGUGGGUGCUAAAGGGCUCGGCCAGAUGCCAGCUGGAGGCACUGGUGGCCACUCGUGCCCUUGGGGAGAUGCUGGCUGUGUCAGGCUGCGUGGGUGCCACGCGGGGCUUCUACCCGCAUCUUCUCCUUGUGCUGGUCACACAGCUACAUGAGCUGGCCCGGGACCCAUGCCCCACUGACAUCCCCAAGGUUUGGGCCCCAUCCCACCAAGGGCUACUGUACAGCCACGCCAGCUGCACAGUGGAGGCCUUGAAGGCCCUGUUCACUGGGGAUAGCUGCUGCAUGGUGGUCACGUGCAUGGAGCAGGCUGGACGCUGGAGAAGACUGGUGGGAGCCCACACCCACCUGGAGGGUGUCCUGCUGCUGGCCAGUGCCAUGGUGGCGCACGCCGACCACCACCUGCGAGGCCUGUUCGCGGACUUGCUGCCCCAGCUGCGCAGCGCGGAAGACGCACAGCGCCUCACGGCUAUGGCCUUCUUCAGCGGACUGUUGCAGAGCCGGCCCACCACACGGCUUCUGCGGGAGGAGGUCAUCCUGGACCGGCUCUGCGCUUGGCAGGGCGACCCCGAGCCCACCGUGCACUGGCUGGGCCUGCUGGGCCUCGGCCACCUGGCGCUGAACCGCAGGAAGGUGCGUCACGUGUGCACGCUGCUGCCCGCGCUCCUGGGCGCCCUGGGCGAGGGUGGCGCGCGGCUCGUGGGCGCCGCACUGGGGACGCUGCGGAGGGUCCUGAUGCGGCCGCGGGCACCGGUGCGGCUCCUGGGCGCGGAGCUGGGACCGCUCCUCCCACCGCUUGUGGAAGACGCCCGGGACUCGGUCCGCGCCUCGGCGGUCGGGCUCCUCGGGACGCUGGUGCGGCGCGGCUGGGGCGGGCCGGGACUCCGCGGCCCCCUGCGGAAGCUGGUGCUGCAGAGUCUCGUGCCGCUGCUGUUGCGACUGUAUGACCCCAGCCGGGACACCAAUGAGAGCUCAGAGUGGACCCUGACCCUCUGUGACCAGGCCCUGCGCUGGGGCCUACUGGAGGAGAUGAUCACCGUGGCCCACUGCAACAGCCCUGAGGCCCUAAGCUGCAUCUGCCACCGCCUGGUCAGUUGGGGGAGGACAGGGUACCCGAGUCACGUGCCCCGCUUCCUGAGCCAGACCCAGGGCUACCUGCGGAACCCACAGGACUCCCUGCGCUGGGCAGCUGUGGUGCUCGUGGGCUUCCUGGUCCAUCACUCAAGCCCCCGCCGCAUCAACCAGGACCUGCUAGACAAUCUGUUCCAGGACCUGGGGCAGCUGCAGAGUGACCCUGAGCCCACUGUGGUGGCAGCGGCACAAGCGUCCACCCAGCAGGUGGUGCUGCGGGCUCAGGCGCAGCACCCUCCCUGCCGUGGGUGCCUCCUGCGCCUUCCCUGCCUGGGCCGGCGCCACGCCCACCCUGCCCGGCCCCCACCAGUCUACAGAGACAGCCCGUUCCAGCACCACCGGAGCCCUGCUGGCCCCUGGGGCUGCUUAGGACCAGGCUGAGCCCGACUGGCCCGCCCCCCACCGCUCUGCGGCCAGUCUUGGCAGGGGCACAUCUGCAGAAGAGGCCCCCCCUUGAGGGGCACCCUGGGCUCGGUGCUGGGCACCAAUGCCUGCCCCCCGGAGCCACGCAAGGCCUGUUGCACACAAAGACCCCUCUCCGGGAGCUCACCCCCCCAGACAGCCCUACGACCUAGAGGGGGCACGCACCUUCUGACGGAGCACCAUUUCGCCCUCAGCCUCUUGCCUCGUACACCCCUGAGUCCAUCUGUCCCCCCUCAGCCCCCUGCCUGGAUGACACCUGACCUCCCGGGCCGAGGCCUGGUGGGGGCCACUGUGAAGCUGACACAGCCCUGGGAGCCGGCGCCGUGAUAGGCCGCCCUCUGCCUGGGCCCUCCCGGCCGCCCCAGCAGCCCAUCACUCCUCGUCACGUGCUCCACUCCUGGCUGGCCAUGUCCUGGCCUGAGGUUCUGAGGUUCCUGGCCAAGAAGCACUGAUCUGUCCUCCUGUCCACACCCGCUGCCCCACAGCCUGGCCCCGUUCCUGCCCCUCCCCCGCACUUACCGUGUCAGACCCCACCUGGGCCUUCUCCGGAAGCUGUCCCCGACCUCCCCACUGGACAGCACGGACCCGAGAUGACACCUGCGGGCUCAGGUGUGGGCUGCCAGCAUUCGCACCCCACUAGGCUGAGCUGUCGCGCCGGCACCCCAGCACCCUGCUCAGGGGUGAAUGGAGGCGUGACUGGACACGUGGGGAAGAGGGCCCUCAGGACGGCUCCGAGGCCGUGACCCAAUCCAUCCAGACCCUGGACGGGCGGCUUCCUCCACCUGGAGUGCCCACCUUGAGGUGUCCUCUUGCCCUUUCAGGGCCCCCCCAAUGCUGCCUCCUCCUCAGAGGAGGCCUCAACUCACACAGCCUCUUGGAGGCUGGGGUCCUGCCCAUCCCUGUGGAAAGCGUUUAAAAUAAACACACGGAUCCUA